AUGUUUGACAAUUAACUUCGCUUAUUUUUCUACAGUUGCAAUUUUCUACGAAAGUUCAACGAACAGAUACAUUUGUGAAAAAUGAUUUAGAAUUGUAGUAAAUAGCAAUUUGGAUUGCGAAAAUACCGCAGCACGAUGUCACGAUCAUCGACUAUAUCUGUGGAGCCCAGUUCACCUGUGCAGAAAGUAUGGAAACCCGAAUUGUAUAAAAUACAGCUGGAAGCGCCUACGCCCAAACCUUUGCACCGCACACGCCCCUUAGCAAUAAACAUUACUAAGAAUGAAGCACAUUGUUAUGGUCCAGAGUAUCACGGUUUAAUGGGACAUCUAGAAGCUGAACAACUGUUGUCGAAUAAAUCGGAUGGCACUUACCUGUUACGCCGUAGCCCCAAAGCUGAUGAUUAUUAUACGUUGAGUGUGCGUUUUAAUUAUCGUACAAAACACUUUAAGAUCUAUUACAAGGCCGGCAAAGGACACUACUUGCAGGAACAGUCCAAACACUAUGAUACCAUACAUGAUUUGGUGGCUGAUGGCCUUGUUAAUUUUUAUAUGCAGUUACAUGCUGCACCCAUUAUACUACAGAUUAAUCAGCAAACGCGUAAUUGCUACCAACAAAGUCCAUACAUGACACUUAAUCGACGUAAAUUGCGAGCAUUAUCCCAUGAGCUUGGCAAGUCAAUGGUGUCGGCGAAAGAUAAUUUGGGAGUUGUAGAGAUUACCAACGCCGAUAUCAAUGGCGAAUGCGAUAGUGUCAAAACGCCGUUAAAUAAAGAAGGUACCAGCAAAACGAGGGACGCCAAUGACAACGCCGAUUUGAUACUGCCACUUGUCUAUGAAAAGGCACACACCUUUAAAGUGCACAACUUUAAGGGUCUCAAUUGGUGUGAGUUCUGUGCGAAUUUUCUUUGGGGUUUCACCGCGCAGGGCAUGAAGUGUGAAGCGUGCGGUUUCAUGGCACAUUUCAAAUGCGCCGAGUUGGUGCCGGCUAAAUGUGUGCCAGAUAUGAAACUUAUACGUGGUGUAUUUGGCACUGAUUUGACCACGGUGGUGCAGCUGUAUCAAAGCAGUGUGCCAUUUGUAGUGAGACGGUGUGUGGAAGAAGUUGAGGCGCGUGGCAUGUUGCAGGAGGGUAUAUAUCGUGUAUCGGGCUUCGCCGAUGAAAUAGACGCACUCAAGUUGGGGCUGGAUCGUGAUGGCGAAAAGACAGACAUGUCGGAGAGCGCUUACGGCAAUGUCAAUGUGAUAGCCGGCACAUUGAAACUCUAUCUACGUCUAUUGCCGGUGCCACUCAUCACGUUUCAAGCGUACCCGAGUUUUAUGCAAGCAGCAAGAAGCACCAAUGCCACGGAGCAGAUAAGUAAUAUGACUGAGGCAGCUAAACGUUUACCGCCAGCACAUUAUAAUUGUCUCAAAUUUAUGGCUGAGCAUUUAAAAAGAGUUGCUUCCCAUUAUGCGGCCAACAAAAUGAAUGAGCAUAAUUUAGCCACAGUCUUUGCGCCAACACUGAUAGCCACACCACAGCACUUGACUAAUUUAACCGAGGAGAUUUUUAUGUUAUCUACAUUGAUUGCGAACUGCGCGGAUAUUUUCGUUUAGUCUCAUAUUAUACACUUCAUAUUUUUACGUGUAUUAAAUUGCAGUGGGAAUACUAGUGCAGCUCAAACAGGAUUUUUAGGCAAUAAAUGCACUGAAAGUAUGCAUUAUUUACGAAUUAUUAUUAAGUAACGAAAACUGAGUGAACGCCGGCAGCCACGAAUUUAAAUCAAUUAAAAUUAGUUGUCGAAUAUUUAAAACAAAUUUUACACAUUCUUAAGAAAUUUCAUACAACUUUUUUAUAUAUAAAACCAAAGUAUUUUUUUACGUAGUAAUAAAAAUAAAAAUGAUAUGCAUUUAAA